AUGGUAUUACAAAAUCAAACCGAGUAUAAAAAUCCGAAAGAAUGGGAGCCAAAUCAUCAUACAAGAAUUUGUAGUGCUCAUUUUAUAAAUAAUAGUAAAUCAAAGAUCUCACGUCAUCCAUCUCAUGUUCCUUCGAUUUUUCCUGGCAAAGAAAAUACAAGAAAUUCCAUUCAACGUCUGCAACGAUUUGAACGGUCAAGAACACGUCAAUUGAAUAAGAAAAUCAACGUCACUGAAUCUAUAUUAAUUGACAGUAUCAACAGUCAUAAUUCUAUUAAAGAUAAAAAUAUUAAUAAUUCAAGUGACAUUGAAAUGGAGCAAAACGCAGGAGGAAUGAUAACAGAAGCUCAGGACGACUGUCAUAAGGACGUGAAUGUUAUGAAUGUUUGUCCGCCAGCCUAUCGAAGUAUUACUUGUCAAACUGAGGAUUUCAUUCCUGAUAUUCCAACUGAUAAUUAUAAAAUGUGUGAAGCUUCGAUGCCGUCUAUGAAAAGAAACGUUCAAGAUUCUAGUUGCGAUCCAAUCAAUUUCGAGUCUAUACAAUCUCAUUGCAAAGGAUUCCAUGGAUUUUCAUCUAUUACAAAAUUAUUAUUCAAUAUUCAUCGGACUACUGUUAAUCGAAUAUUCGUAAAGAAUUUGCAACAGUUAAAUAUUCUAAUGAAAAACUUUAUAUUCUGGCCAUCUAAAGCCGCUGUUCAAGCAACCUUACCAGAAUCAUUUAAGCUACAGUAUCCAGACACGCGUGUUAUCAUUGACUGCACCAAAGUAAACACAGAAGUUCCACCAGCAGUUGAACAUCGAGUUUCAAUGUAUUCAGAUUACAAGCAUCAUCACACAAUGAAAUUUUUAGUAGGAUGUACUCCAAGUGGAUUUAUAAGUUUUCUGUCAAAGUGUUAUGGUGGUCGUGCUGGUAAUUGUUUCAUUACAAAUGAUUGUGGUUUAGUAGAUUUAAUUGAACCUGGUGAGGUUGUGCUAGCAGAUAAAGGUUUCCCGCAAAUACAAACAAAAGUUGAAGAAAAAAAUGCGAUUUUUGCUAUGCCUCCGUUUUGCAACAAAAAUCAAUUUACACCUGAGGAAGUUGAUGACAAUUACAAUAUUGCUUCAGUGAGAAUACACAUUGAACGAGUAAAUCAAAGAAUAAAAGACUUUAGUAUUCUUUCCAAAGUACCAGUGUCACUUUUGCCUCAUGUUGAUGAAAUUGUUUUUGUCAUAUGUGCUAUCAUAAAUAUUCAAAAGCCCCUGUUUAACCAGGAAAAAUCAGUGACAGAAUAA